GGCCCGUCAAGCGUCGCUCACGACCUCCCACGCUGUCGCGGCUCGGUCACGUCGCCAUUGGUUUCAGCGCCUGUCCGUGAAAGCUCGUGGCCCACAUCCGCAACCACAAUGCUCGAGCGCCGUAUGCUGGGGGCGUGAGACCCUGUCCUACCCCAUACCAACAAGAUGACUGUAUCUAGCCAAGUAUAUCUUCGAUUCUUUGUCCUGCGCGAGGGAGGGAAACAUGGCUAAGUCAUCAGGUACCUCCUCCCUGGGCUCGGCCAGGGGCCUCGUUUCCCAUGACCUCAUCCUUGUGGUGUUUGGGCCACAUGGCUUAUGGCCAACAGUCAGGCCUGCAAACAAAGGGACCACGUCGGGGCUGGGUCAUCCUUGACUGGCUAUCUACACUUUUCCUCAAGACUCGGCCUCGAGGCAUCCCAUUUCCUCGGCCCCAGGGCUUGUUUGUUUCCCUCGCCUUCUUGUCACAGCCGGCACCCUCCCCCCGGGCCCUGAGAUUAGAUCGGCCUCGAAGCUGAGGCCCAACAUCCUGGCUAUGCUCUGUUCAUAGAGGGCUCAUGGAGGUGUUGCUCAUCGGCCGUCAUGACUGCUGGGCCGUGGCUGAUUGACCCUCGUGGUGUGUUCCCGGCAGCUUUGAGCCUGCCACCACCAAACACGCCAGCCUCAUGCUGCCACACCUUUCUCCCCUGAUCAUAUCACAGUAUGCUGAGGCGCUUUGCGCUUUGCGGGAGCCCUCGCCUGCCCAAGCCCUAUGAGGAUGCCUGGGAACUGCCGUCAGGACUGACCAAGAUGCUAAAAAGCGAGCCGUCCCCGUUGCAACCCCUGGCUUGCUGCCUCGUCUCUUCUGCCAUUCGCCAUUCCCAACUGUCAAGACAUAUAUGCAACUAUUACUUGCAUCCACAGCACCUACUCCACUUCCAUUGUCAGGCCCGUUGCUCCCUGUACCGGUCUAGCUACAACCGUCUUGAAAGCCCGCCUUGCCUUUUGCCCUCCUCCUUCCGCUCAGCCAACACCAUCAGCUUGAGGACCUCUUUGUUCUCCCAAUACCAGCGACUUGACUGGCAGAACAAUUUUAUUCCCAGACUGUGCUCGUCUUGCUGGCCUCACCGAAAUCUCAGAAAGCAGUUCUCACCUCAACGCCCACCAAGCACACUGCCCACAGACGCCGAUAGGACGAGGUCAAAACCUUGACAGAAGGAGAACAACAUCGACUGGCGUAUGGCUAGAGACUACUGGGUCGAGACCCUCCCAUCUGGACACCGUCGCUUCGUCAAGGCUUCCUUGAGGCGUUCGCACUCCAACCCCCACGAUGCGAGCAGCCAGUCCUCCCGCGGCCGCCGGGUCGACUUCCUCGAUGUUACGCGAGAAGAAUAUAACCUCCUCUUGGCGCGCGAGAACGAUCUGAGUCAGGAAAACGAGGCUCUGCGCCGGGAGAACCAUGCUCUCAAGGCCAACUGGACAACCUGCAGCGACGAUCUGCGCAGGCUGCAGGCCCGCGUGCCCUCCCUAGAGGCCACGAUCCGCAACCUCGAGUAUGAGAACCAUGAGCUGAGGAGGAGUUUUGACCACCACCACCACCACCACCGCGCCGGUAGCUCCAGCGAAGAUGCGAUGAGGAGGCUACGAAACAAGAACACCAAGCUGAUCAACGAGAACGACUCGCUGAUGGCCCACAUACGCAGUCUGGAGCGAGAUAUCCGUGACGGCGUCGGCAACGGCGCGAGAAAGCUCAUGGAGGAGAUUAGUACUUGGCGGCGACGGUACGACAAGCUAAGUUACACAGUCGAUGGGCUAAAGAACGAUCUUGCAGUGGCUACCGACCGGAACCGACGCCUUGAGGAGGCGUGCGAACUACGGGCACGAAAUGAGAGGAAGGCGAUGAGGGACGUCGACCGAUACAAAGCCAUCCUGCGUCAGCAUGGGCUGCGGUGAGAAUGUUGUCACCGGCCCUGUGGGACGUUAGUACUCGCAGCACUGUUCCGCGCCCGUAUGGAGAAUCUCUGGAUCUGAGGCAGAUUGGCGUCGUCAGGAUUUCCUUCGCAGGUCUUGUUGCUUGGAAUAACCAUGGUUGAUGGAUUCUAGGAUUCGUUCCAGCCUGCACCAAAUGCAGUGCCGUCAUAACAUGUCGGAUUAUGUGAGCUGGAGGCCAUAUCAACUGCUUGAUGGGGCGCCACUGCCGUUUGGGGCAGAGAGCAAUGCCUUGGCCCCUUUCUUUUGACCCUCUUAUCGGUGCCACAAAGCAAACCUUGCGGACCUCGCAACAUUUGCACCCCAACACAGUUCGUUUCCCUCGAUUCGAGAAUUUUGAUUUCAUCCGAGUGGGGGAUUCUACCUAGCAUAGCAGUCGGGCGAAAUGCCCUAUGAAUGAAGACAAACACCCAGAUUGGAAAAGUUUGCCCGGUAACAAGCCGCCGCUUGCCCCUCCUGCCCCCAAACAAAGUGAACAGCGUGAUCGUGACCUCUGGGGCUCUCGCAGUCUGAUUCAGGCAUGAUGAGGCCUGGGGUCCUGUGAGCAACCCCCGGGGUGGGCGUCGCAGCUGUCAGAUGAGCCGCUCACGCGCUACUGCGGCCCGAGGCUUGGGGUGCCCCAUGAAAAUGAGACUCACCCGACCAGACAGGUCUGUAUUGAGUACGAUCCUCACCAUGAUUACUUAAGUAUAUAGAUGGGCAAGUCCCGAAUCUACAAUUGAACCCACCGUGUUGUAAUGUACAAAGGUCGACGGGCGUCCAGACGAGCCUGAGCGGGCGCCUGGGCAAGGCUGACGCGCGUUGGAGAAGCACAGUACUAUAGUACGGAAAAC